AAAUCCUUUCUUCUUUCUAACCCUAGUUUAUUCUCCCAAAGAAAGCCCGCCGCUCUGGUUGUUUCCGACCCUCCUCGCCCUUUUCACCACCACCACCGCCACCUUCAAAACCCAAUGGAUCUCCUCUUAUGCGUUCAAAGCUAUUAGCCGAUUCCACCGCCUCCAUCCCCUGCUCGGCAGCUGAUGGCAGUGGAGGAAUAAACCCGACGAGAUCUAGAAGCUCAAGAAGAAUGCAAACACUCUGAAAAUCAAUAUCUUGGAGCUCCUUUCGAACGUGAAUUAUUUUCCAGAGAUGGACGGCCACAUCAAUGGCAACAACACCAAGCUGACCGGGAUCCGCCAGAUCGUUAGGCUGAGGGAGAUCCUCCACAAGUGGCAGACCGUCACGCUCGGCGGCUCGUCGAGAUCCAACGGCCGCGGGAUCGCCCCGGCCAUCAACAACAGAGUGGCGAGCAUCAUCAGGAACGGUGACUCCGACGAGGAAGGUGGAGGAGGUUGCCCUAGCCCUCAUGAUGAGCCGCCGUCGGACGUCCCCAAGGGUUACCUGGCGGUGUACGUCGGGCCGGAGCUUCGGAGGUUUAUCAUUCCGACGGCCUACCUGAGCCACUCGUUGUUCAAGGUGCUGCUGGAGAAGGCCGAGGAGGAGUUCGGGUUCGACCAUAGCGGCGGGCUCACCAUUCCUUGCGAGAUCGAGACCUUUAAGUUUCUAUUGAAAUGUAUAGAGCACCAUCCCAAGGACCGCAAUAGUACUGCUGGCGACGACGUUGAAGAUCAAUCCGCAAGUAAGUAA